AGCCGUUCCACUAGCGGCUCUUUCACGGUCAAAGAGCAUGGAUUAAGUCCCGCCGCGCCACUUGACUUUUGUUGGUAGCCCUGCCUCUCACCACAUCUCUCCACCUCUGCAUCUCACAGUUACCCACCGUUGCUCCUGCCAAUCACAGUCUCGCCGGCCCUUACAGCGAGCCCGUAAGCCACCAGGGCUGAACCACGUCGCACCCGCAGCCCACAGCAAGCACCACGCCCGUCGCGACUGCCACCUGUGCCAGCAUGUCGUCUUCACGGCCUGACGGCGGGGACUCGCCCUCGUCGUCACCUCUUUCCUCUCCUCCCUCUAAACUCGACACUUCAACUCGCCCGCGGCCACGACCCAAGCUCGUUUCUUUUGGCCGCGACUCGCUCAUGGGCGGACGGCCAGACACUGAGGGCCACACCCACGUAGAAUUCAUCCACGAGAACUCGCCCACCAUUAUCCCCCAGAGAAUGUCUUCCGAAGUCGAUCCGCUCCUUAAGGAGGCCUUGUCGCCUGAUGACGACGACGACGACUGGUUGGGCGAACAACAGGUCGAGGAGACCAAGAGCAGUUGGUUCCUGUUCUUGCUCACCUUUGGUGGCCUGGGCCUGCAAAUAGGAUGGUCUGUAGAGACCUCCAAUGGAUCCCCGUACCUACUCUCACUCGGUUUGAGCAAGUCGAUGCUUGCCCUCGUGUGGAUUGCCGGCCCGCUCUCCGGUGUGCUCGUGCAACCCUAUGUCGGUCUCAAGAGUGACAACUGCCGUCUGCGCUGGGGAAAGCGGAGGCCUUUCAUCAUCGGCGGUGCCGCUGCAACCAUCGUGUCUCUCAUGGUCCUCGCUUGGGCAAGGGAAAUCAUCGGUGGCUUUCUAGGCCUCUUCGGUGCUGACCCAGAGUCAAAUGGUGUCAAGACAUGCAUCAUGCUGUUCGCCGUCUUGUUCGUAUACGUGCUGGAUUUCGCUAUCAACGUCAUCCAAGCCGGUGUACGAGCAUACAUCGUCGAUGUAGCACCCACUCAUCAACAAGAGUCUGCCAAUGCAUGGCUCAUGCGCUCCGCUGGUAUUGGCAAUAUUUUGGGCUACCUGGCAGGUUAUAUCAACCUACCAGACUACCUUCCCUGGCUCGGUGGCACACAGUUCAAGGUCCUGUGCGCUAUCGCCUCCUUUGUCAUGAUCCUCACGGUCGGCAUCAGUUGCUCAACCUGCUCGGAACGCGAUCCUCAAUUCGACACUGCACCAGCUGAGCAGAAGGAAGGUGUCAUCGCUUUCUUCAAGGGUCUCGCGCGCUCAGUCAAGAAACUGCCUCCCCAGAUCAAGAAGGUCUGCGCCGUUCAAUUCUUCGCUUGGAUUGGAUGGUUCCCGUUCCUCUUCUACAUUACCACCUACGUCGGCGAGAUUUAUGCCGAUCCCUACUUUGAGGAGAACCCCCAUCUACCGGACGCUAAAAUUGAUGAGAUUCUGGAGAAUGGUACGAGAAUUGGCACCAGAGCCCUGCUGAUUUUUGCCAUCACCACAUUCUUCGCCUCCGUCUUCCUGCCAUUCGUCAUUCCCCCAACAUUCCAAGCCCCAGAACCCGACCGUCCGAUAACACCGGCAACGCCUAUGACACCGACGACACCACACUCUAUGGGUGGCUCCGGCUACUUUGCCCUGGGGCCCGCCCCCAAGAGGGACUCGAACACAAUCAUGGACAAAAUAUCUAGGUCCAUGGAGAUGUUGCAGGUUAAGUCGCUUACCCUUCGUCGAUCUUGGUUCAUAUCGCACAUCCUCUUCACUGUACUUAUGGCCCUUACCUUCUUCGUUCGUAGCACGUGGGGAGCGACUGUCCUUGUCGGUGCUAUUGGCAUUCCUUGGUGUGUCACCAACUGGGCGCCGUUUGCCAUCAUUUCUUCCGAGAUCUCCAAGAGAGAUGCCAUCCGCCGUGGUAUCAUCAAGCCUCGUGACCGCGAAUCACAGCUCAUCGCCGAGGGCGAGGAUGACGGUUCAGGCGCCGAUUCUGCCGGUGUCGUUCUGGGAAUUCACAACGUCGCCAUCGCAGCACCGCAGGUCAUCGCCACACUUGUGAGCGCCAUUAUGUUCAAGCUUCUACAAAAGCCCAGAGGGACAGCAGGCGAUACAAGUGUGGCAUGGGUGCUGCGCUUUGGUGGUGUCUGUGCCCUAGUUGCUGCAUGGUUGACAUUGCAGGUCAACGAAGAAAAGGAGGAAGAGGAGGAGGAAGAACCUUUCAGGAGGAGGCGGAUGUCUUAGGACGACUCCGACGAUCAGUCUGUUUCACGCCUAAGACAGGAUCUGGAGCUGUCGCUAAGCCGACAGAACUCGUCAACCGAAGGAACAUUGAGUUCACAAGACGAUGGCAUUGAUGUUAGAAUCGAGAUCAAUUAACAUGAACGGACAGCACACGCUACACUACAUGAAGAGCCUCGCGGCUUGACUCUAGCGUUAUACAGGACCGGCUUGGAUUGUGAUGCAUCUUGAGGCGAAACCAAGGCGUUUUUUUUGGCAUCUGAGCGAGCGAGCGAGCAUAGCUUUGUUUCGUGAGCGCACACGCGGAGUUUUGGGACGUACAUAUGGGUUGGCAAAGGGAAAAAUCAACUUGGCGCACUCCUUUAGGUAAACCUCAUCUUGCUAGGUAAACACUGGCAUAUUUAGAGAGCGGUGGAAUGAUAUCACGUUAACUCUGACACCACGCUACCAAGACCUGACUAUAACAGAAUGUUAGACCGGCUUGUUUUUGCUUC